GUGGGCCAUAGAUUAGAGAAUUUUUUAAUAGGCAAUGUAAUACAUAUACACAUAUAUAGAUAAGCUUGGACCUGCACUUGAAUUUCGAAGUAACAGUACACGCUAGCCCCUCCACUUUCCCCGCCAAAGCGAAAGCGAAAGCAAAACCGUUGUCAAUGACCGAUUACCGGCAAACAAUGGACUAAAAGUCAACAGCAUCCGAAGCAAAAGUGAACUGAUUGAUCAGCAACGGAAAAAAUACGAAGCACAAAACAAAAAAAACACAAAAGUAAAUGCACGCGGCGUGCCGAAGCAAACACGAAGACGCGCGAGGCGACAGGCAAGAACAAAGUGGUGGUGUGAAGAACAUGGUGAGACAUAAGAAGACAAAGCUAAUUUUCUGGCUCGCCCAAAAAAAAAUCGCUUGACGUGCGGGAGUGCUACAGAAUCACAACACAUAACAACAAUAAAGCCGAGGAACAACCGGAUGACGGGCACUUCCGAUGCGCUUUGGCAUUGUAUAAAAAGUGCUGGACGCAGCUGGAUUCCACAUCAGUCGAACACUCUCCGUUGUGCGUACACAAUCGCAAUUUAAAGUAAAUCAAUUAAAGCAGAUAUUUUGCUUAAAAGCCAAGUUUUGUACAGAAAACAAUAAACGAAAAACAAAAUGAAAUUCUACGUGUGUGUUGCUGCUGUUUUUGCUGUUGCCUUCGCCAGCUUGUGCUUGGUGAGCGAUGCGCUGGUGGCACGCGCCCAAUACAAAAACUCAGCCUACCCCGGCAAAUGCUACAUCAGCAGUGAUCUGAUACUCUCGCCCGGCCAAAGCGGCAAAGCGCCGAACAACCCCUGCGCCAACAUCAAGUGCUUGGACAAUGGCAAUGUGGAAUUCACAACCUGUCCUGCUGUGGCGCCACCUAAAGGCUGCAAGCAACGUGACUUCGUCAACGCCAACCGGCCCUAUCCGGACUGCUGCGAACGCGCCUAUGACUGCGCGCGCAGCUUUUAAGCGUGAGCAAUGCGUGUGAACCGUCAACAAGUCCAAAAACCACAAAAACGAUGAAAAAGAGCAUACGAAAA